AAUAUUCAAAAACCUGUUCAAGUGGCUAUCCAAAAACUUGUUCAAAAGAAUAGAGACUAUAUUAGCCAAGAAGAGACAGACAAAUGGGUUAACCCAAAUGCCCAAAAACCUGGUGAACAUUUUAGAACAUGGGGAACACAACUACAAAAAAGAUGGAAAGAACUUGGUCUAGAUGAAUGUCUUAAAACAGAAGACUUGGAUGGCUGUAUGACUCUCUGUCAUGAUCUUGAACAAUACGAUCCAGAAGCAGUUAGACCACUAACAAAAGAGGAAUUAAAAGAAGAACAUGAAAAAAAAAAUUAG